GGACAAACAGACGUGUGACUGUUUUGGUGAGAAGUCGCCGUUGGAGGAGUUUCUCCUCGGUUUUUACACUACAAAGGAAGACAACGGGACUUUUCCUUAGAUUAACUUGGUUGAAGUUUCACCAUGGACGUAGUGACAGUUUCAAGACGAAACCACGCCAAUAAGAAGGAAAACAAGGAAAAUGCUCAGCCAGCAUUUGGAAGCAAGCCCAGUAUUAAGAAAGAGAAAAGUUCUGCCCCUCCCUUCCAACUGAAAAGCAACAAAAAAGAGGAAACCCUGGCAAAAAGUGUUCCUCUUAAAGCUAAGGAGAAAAAAGCAGAUACAAGGUCAGCUUCUGGUGAAGCCCUGAAAAAGACUGUGCAGAGAAAUGGGAAAGGAGCUGCUGUUACUGAGGUCAGAAAACGUCAAACACACAGCCAGGCAUUCCUGUCUGAACAGGCUGUCAAACACAAAAAGAUGGUUGCUGAAGCUCCAAAGCCUCCAGCUGCUGUUCCAUCGCUGAAAUCUGCUCCUGGCAUGUACAAAGGCAAGAUUAUCCAGUCAAAAAUUGGAUCCAUUUGGAAGUCAAGCAGCAGCGUAGGUGAGGCAGAUCCCAAACCAUCAGCACCCAAAACAGAGAGCCAAAUGGCUGGAAACAUGACGAAGAUGAGGUCCAAGUCUUUUGCUGACACACUAAGGAAUGGCUCACAGAAACCUGCACCUAUAAGGUCAAAGUCGGUGUCAGAAAAGCCUACUCAUGUGUCCAAGCCCUCCGUUAGCGGCCGCCCUCCUGCUGGAUUCAGCUCUGCUCGCCCCCCUGCUAGAACUAUCCCAGCAACACUGACCAGUACCAGCACCAGAAACACUAAAGUGGCCCCCAGCAAAGGAAUCGGGAAUCAGAUGUCAAAGCCGAAAGUUUCGGUGACAGACAGGAAGGUCAGCAAACCUCCUGUCUCGAGCACCAUCAGUCAGUACAGGUUAAACGUGGAGUCUGCUGAGGAGAGAAGAGCUAAACUUGCAAACUGGCUAGCUUCGAAGGGAAAGACAUUCAAAAGACCUGCCAUGACAACAGCAAUCCAACCAAAAACAAAAGUUUCUACAAAACCUGCAAGUGGACCUAAACCUCAGACUCAGUCUCAUGUUGAGACUCAGUCAGUCAAACAAAUCAACCCUGAACCUCAGCAUGUUCAGGAAGCGGAGAAUCUAGAUUCUGCUGCUGCUCUCUGUGCAGAUACUCAGAGAGCAGAGGUGACGACACACUGUCAGACUCCUGCCAUCAUGAACACGACUCUGGACCUGCUGGAGGACUCUGACGAUCUGUUUGAAGGCCAGCAGGACAGAGUGGAUGAUAUUGUUGUGAACCUUUGUGAUGCUUUGGAGGCCAUGGAGACGCCCUCCAGAUGCAAUGAUGAAGUCUUACAGGUGACAGACCUCUGUGCUGAGGUUAAACUUGAGAGCAGGAAUGAAGAAGAAGACUGUGAGAAAGAGGAGCUGAAGAAUGAGAAGACUGAGGAUGUUGAGGAGCAGCUGAAGGUUGUGCAUGUGAAGGAUGAAGAAAAAGAAAAUGAUAAAGAGGAAGGGGAGAUGGACGAUGCUGAGGAGGCAGACAGUGAUGAAGGUGUGAUGGAGACCACACCACAGAGGGAGGAAGCUUCAGUGGUGAAGUACAGCGUGAAGACCACGCCGUACCUGCAGAGUGUGAAGAAGACAAUCGAAGGUGAGGUCAGCUUGGGUUCCUCCAGGAGGAAGAGUAACAUUAAAGAUCUGAAGUUUCUGACCCCGGUGCGUCGCUCCUGUCGUAUCGAGCGUAAAUCAUCCCGCAUGCCCACGAUGCUGGUGGAUCACGAUCCCUGUGUGUCGUCACUGGCUGAGCUGGUGAAGCUGGACGACGAUCCUAAUGCCUACAUCUACAGGAAAAACCCUGCACUGUUAGAAGGGCUGCCAGAUGAGCCUCAAGCCUGAGGAGCUGUGCUAAUGUGUGCUAUUAAAAAUAAUCCUCCGUAAAACUACGGGACUGGAGCUGAAGGACACUUUAUACUGAUUCUUUCCAAGGUGGUUUUUACUCAUCUGGAUGGGUACAAACUAAGAAUUUUAAUUGUCAUUUAAAUAAUUUUAACAGACUUUUUUUUACGUGCUCUUAUCUGUUCUGAAUGUAUCAAAGAUCUCCUAAUAACACUAUUGUUCAAUCUAAUAUAAGUUGACAUGUGUUGCCUUAAAGUUACAAUAAAAAGAUAUUGCCUUA